UAACCUGGGCGGGGCUCCUCUGUGAGGCUGGUUGCUGUUUGUGGUGCUGAAACAACGUCGGUGUUGUUACCCCUCAACAUACCUUUAAAAAAAUGCCAAUUUAAGACCCCCCAGACCGAGCAGCAGACCCCCGCGUGCGUCCAAACAUGCCGUUUUAGCGAGCCAUGGAUUCGGGUUCGGCUUCUUGAGCAGGAGCGGCAUGGAUUCGCGGUGGUGUCCCAUCUUCUUCACUGCAUUGGCUGUAAGCCUCUGCCCCUCAUCUGCCCUCGCCGAUAGAAAAUUCGGGUGUCUGUUUCAAGUUGAGCUCUGCGCCCCCUACGAGUUCUGCGUCAAUGAUGGAGUAUUUGGAAGAUGCCAGCAGCUGGCAGGUGCAGACCUGCACACGUACGAUAUUUCUUCCUCUGCUCUGCAGCGCCUCAGGAUCCUCCUACAAAAACUGGCUCAAAGAGGUUUGAAAUGGGAGGACGAUAUCACUCAAAAGGUCAUCUCUAGGGAGCUUUCCAAAUUGAGGAAUGUCCCCUUUCACCACCAGAGCAAUUCUCCAAGUCUCCUGGACCUUUACAGCAACGGGAAACCGAAGCCCGAUCAAACCGAACUUAACAGAAACCUGCAAAAGUACCUCACAGGGUUGGGCUUUCUGCUGCCAUUGGACCAUCAAAUGGUCCAACAGGAGGGAUCCAAGGUUCAGGAUGAAGACAUGAUGUCGGAUGCUCUGUCUGCUCCCAGUCAGCCAAAACCUAAGCAAGGCUGGAAAGAAACAACCAUCUACAGCCUUCAAAAAGGAGCUGGCCAGCCUCCAGUCUCCAAAGUCAUAACUAAGAGUGGAGAGGGCAGGCACCCAAAGCUCAGCGCAUCCAUCCAGGACCCGCACAGGGGCAAGCACCUCUCUAACCAUCUGGAGCAGCUUUUUGCUGGGACAGCCGGCACACAGCAGGGCGUCCCUGGAGGUGAGGCUGUGUGGCCCAAAGGGAAGCUCCAGUACCUCAGCUAUCUGCGGCCAGCUCAAAGCACAGCGAAGCCACAAACUCAGGCUUUUGACUCCAAAACAUCAAAACUUGAUCUCGAUGGACUGCUUUUCAAGGCUGGUUCUGACCGACUCGCAGUAAAGAAGCCUCUUGAUGCCAUGGAUGACCACCUCGUCUCGAAUGCAGUUAACCAGCUGGGGAGGCACAGCUUCAACAUGGAGGAUUUGAUAGGAAAAGACCUUCACCGGCUGGCUGAAGUCAUCACUGGAGCACUGCAGGAGGUGGAUGAGGAGCGGCCGGAGCUUGGGGCUCGGCCAGCACCAGGAGCCAGUACCUCCAGGGGGGAGAUGGAGGCUAACCAUGAGCCACUGAUGUCAAAGCUUCUGAAUCAGGACCAGACCCUGAAAUCAGAGACGGGGAAGGAUCCAAACCAGAAAAACACACUCGGAAUAAAACAAGGUCAACAAACAGACGGUUCAGACACUGACAAGUCCACUGACAAGCACGGACUCUUCUUUUCUAAGCUGCUGGACUACCUGAACAUGGAGCCCUUUGGUGAUGCUCCAGGGUUCAACAGUGGUCCCUCAGGCCUCGUCCACAAAAUGGCUGGACAAGAGAAUGUCCAGAGUCGGACGACGCAGGGCCAAGCUCCUGUCCCCAGCCGCUCAGAAGAAAAGACCCUGACUGUCCCUGCCAAAGAAGGGUCCAUCCUGCGGUUGAUGGGGGGAGCAGAGUUGCCUGAUGCACAGGUGGACUCUGAGAUGGAGAGUUGGAUGCAGGCCGAUCAGGCGCCGGUGGAGAGGAAGAAGCCCGUCGAACCACAGAAAGCAGACAUGAAGAUUAAAACCCAGCUGGUUCAUGUGGGGGUGAAGGAGUUUUCCAGCAGAGGGAAGGACAGACACUUUGGCUACAUAAUUACCGGCUCAGAUUCCCUCACCAACGACCAGGGUUUGGACCUGAUGGAGCAGCUAACCCAGAGACUGAGCCUCCAUGCUUCAGAUCUCACACAGCUCUCUGUUCUGGGUCCUGCGCUGACGUUCAGGGUUGGCCCAAACCCCAGGAAUGUGACCACUGCAGACCUGGUUCAACUUGCAGUCCAGCAGAAGCUGCAGCUGGAAAAGGAGACAGGCCUGAAGAUUGUGGAGGCUGGAGUUAGCGAUAGAGGCAGCCUGACCCAGAUCCCCGUGGUGAAGGAGACCAGGGUGGAGUCUGGCCAGUUCCUGCUGCUCUCCAUCCUCUGUGUGUUCUUCAUCCUGGUGGCGGUGGCAGUGUCCGCCACCUUCUUCUGCGUGCGCCAGCGCUCACACCUCCACAUGAAGGAGAAGCUGGCCAGCCUGGGGACUGACACCAGCACUGACGCCACUGCAACCUAUCAGGAGCUGUGUCGCCAGCGCAUGGCAAUCAGAACCUCUGAGCGAGUUGAGCGACCGGAGACCCUGCGGCACUCCCGCCUCAACAGCGUCUCGUCUCAGUUCAGCGAUGGCCCCGCAGCCAGCCCGUCAACUCGCAGCAGCACCUCAUCGUGGUGUGAGGAGCCAGUCCCAUCCAACAUGGACAUCUCCACUGGUCACAUGAUCCUGUCGUACAUGGAGGACCACUUAAAGAACAAGAACCGUCUGGAGCGUGAGUGGGAGGCGCUAUGCUCCUACCAAGCAGAGCCCAGCGCCUGCAGCGUGGGUCAAGGCGAGCAGAACUCCAAGAGGAACCGCUCUGAUGGCGUGGUUGCAUAUGAUCAUUCCAGGAUCACCCUGAAAGCAGAGAAUAAUCAUGGCAACUCAGAUUACAUUAAUGCAAGCCCCAUUAUGGACCACGACCCUCGUAACCCAACUUACAUCGCCGCUCAGGGCCCACUUGCUUCGACUGUGGCAGACUUCUGGCAGAUGGUGUGGGAGAGCGGCUGCGUCGUGAUCGUCAUGUUGACGCCGCUCUCUGAAAAUGGAGUUAAGCAGUGUCACCAUUACUGGCCUGAUGAGGGAUCAGAUGUCUACCACAUAUAUGAGGUCAAUUUAGUGUCCGAGCACAUUUGGUGUGAGGAUUUCCUGGUGAGGAGUUUUUACCUGAAAAACUUGCAGACCAAUGAGACGCGCACCGUCACCCAGUUCCACUUCCUGUCCUGGAUGGACCGUGGGAUCCCCACCUCAGCUAGGACUUUGUUGGAUUUCCGCAGAAAGGUUAACAAGUGCUACCGGGGUCGAUCUUGCCCAAUAAUUGUUCACUGCAGUGAUGGAGCUGGCAGGAGUGGGACUUACAUUCUGAUUGACAUGGUCCUCAAUAGGAUGGCUAAAGGUGCUAAAGAGAUUGAUAUUGCCGCUACCCUGGAGCACUUGAGAGACCAGAGAGCUGGCAUGGUCCAGAUAAAGGAGCAGUUUGAGUUUGCGCUGACAGCCGUGGCUGAGGAGGUGAACGCCAUCCUAAAAGCUCUUCCCCAGUGAUGACAGCACACCUUCCUCUCCUUCAACUUCCUCAGACGGAUCCCACCCCUCUCUCCAUCUUCACUUUCUCUUCUAAAACUGUUGACUGAAUGUUGUGCUGGGUAUCUGCCUUGGAUCCAUAUUCGCUGAUGUCAGAGCGACACACGUUGCCUCUGACUUCUCCGAGCAUGAACCCACGGCGCUCCGAUGUUGUUCCUGAACUUACUGUUGCAGUACCGCUGACUUUCCGUGACGUCAGGUGAUGAUUUUUGCUCCAAAAUGAUUUAAUAGAUGUGGAAAACAAAUAUUUACAACAAACUACGGUGAAGAUGCAGCUGUCAAACACAGCCUGCUCUAUUUUGUGUUUCAUUAAAAAAAGAGA